GUGUCUUUUGCAUCGGGCGGCCAAACUGACGCCACCAACGAAUAAGAGGGCGGAAGUGAUGCUAAAAGCGGAUGUAUGCGUGUGUUGAUCUGGGGAGCUGACGGAGUGAUUCUGCUAUAAAAAUUCUUUAGUGUGGAUUCCGUGUUUCGUCUGUGUUUACACGAGCGAUGGCGAGUGGGAAAGUACCACUGGAUGAGCAACAUGUAACGGAGCCUUGCGGUGCCGAGGGCGGGGAACGCUGCCUGCCGGCGCUGCACCCUGAUCGCAAAGAGGACCGAUGCUUCAUUGCCUACAGACCCCCACCCAUAGAGUGCUCCCCAGCACUGGUGGGGGAGUUUUUAGAGCAUGCUCAGUUCAUUGCCGAUGACCUCGAAUGGCUCCUGGCUCUGCCACAUGACAAGUUCUGGUGCCAGGUGGUGUUUGACGAGUCACUGCAGAAGUGCCUUGACUCGUACCUGCACCUGGCCCCCAGGGGGCUGGACCCCGCUAUGCUGCCUGCCUCACCCGCUGUGGCCGAAAUGCAGAAACGCCUCCACAGAUCAGUCUUCAUGACAUUCCUCAGGAUGGCCACACACAAGGAGUCCAAGGAGAACUUCAUCACUCCAGCCGUAUUUGGAGAAAUCAUCUACAACAACUACCUGUUUGACAUUCCUAAGAUCUUAGAUCUCUGUUUGCUGUUUGGAAAAGGAAACUCGCAGUUGCUUCACAAAAUGAUUGAGAAUAUAUUCACUCAGCAGCCCUGCUACUAUAAUGACCUGGAGGAGGUUGUGCCUACUGUCAUACAGGUGCUGGACACAAUCCUGGACAGGUGUGGCCUACAGAGAGAGGGAGCCACUGCCAGCGAGCCUCUGAAACUCGGGGCCAGAGCAAGGGAGACGCCCAUGAGCAUCAGCGAGAAGGAUCUGGGGGACCUGGUCUUAUACUUGUGUGACUCCUGUACCACCAUCCACUCCUUCCUGGACAUCUUCCCCCUCGCCUGCUCCACCUUCCGGUCUCACGACUUCGUCCACAGGCUGGCCUCAUUUUACGAGACGGUCGUAUCCGACAUGGAACAGGCUGUCCGGAAGAGGAGCUUUGAGGAUAAGAGCCUUCAGGACGACCUGUGGAGGAGGGUCUCUCAUUCCCGCAGGAAGAUGGCAGAGAUUGUCCAUCUGCUUCUUCAACACACAUGCCUUCAGCCCAUUCUGGAAGGUUCGGCGAACAUCCAGAUUUUCGUGGAAGAUUUCCUGCAGACGGUCACUGCUCUCCUCCCGGAGAAGAGGUUCCUGGCUGAUUACGAUGAGCAGUUCCCGGUUUCAGAUGACAUCAGCCUCUUACAGCAAGCGUUUCCAUCCCUAGAUGAGACCAGGACAUCCUACAUCCUGCAGGGGGUGCUGUCUGCCUGGGAGAGCUCAGGCAGGAAGCGGCCGUGUCCAGAGCACCCUAAGGGGGCACGGAGAGGGGCUGAGGCCUGGACAGAGGGGGAGCCUGCCCUGGUGGAUGGGCUGCAGAGAAGCACAGAGGUCCCAGAGCCCCCACAGCGAGGAGAAAACGGGGCGACAUGCACAGUGAGUGCUGGAGAGUUGGAGUCCCUGCUGUCUCACAUCCGGGACCUGCUGCCUGAGCUGGGUGAGGGCUUCCUCCUGGCCUGCCUGCAGGAGUACGGCUACAACUCGGAGCUGGUCAUCAACAACAUCCUGGAGGACGGGCUGAGCCCCGCACUGGCCACGAUGGACCGAGCUCUGCCAAGACCCGUGAAAGAGGAGCCACCACCUGUCCUGAGCAGCAGGUCCAACGCGUUUGACGAUGACGAAUUUGACGUCUUCAGCCGGGAUCAGCUGGACAUGUCCCGUGUCUGGAAGGGCAGGAGGCAGGGGGUGAGCACACACGACUUCCUGAAUGACAAGCAGCACGUCCGGGAGCAGCGGCAGCGCUACCAGGCCUACGAGACCGUGGUGGACGAGGUGCCGGUGAGCGCGGAAGCUUCCGGAGGCUGCCAGGAAGACGAGUACGACGACGAGUAUGAUGACACUUAUGAUGUGAACCAAGUGGGGGCCAACGACCUGGAUGGAGACGGGGAGGUGCUGAACCGCAGGCCCUUUACCAUCCCUCAGAUCCUGCGAUCUGGGAAGCAAAGCCAGGUUGAGGAAGAGGAGGAGGAAGAGGAGGAGGAGCUGAAGGAGGACAGGGUGAAAAAGGACCACUUUGUGGAGGACCCAGCAGUGCUGAGGGAGCGUGCGGAGGCCAGGAGGGCGGCGAUGCAGAGCAAGAGAGGUUUCAGGCCAGACCCGAGCAGCCAUGUUGCAGGUCGAUCAAAAGGUCAGGGUCAGACCCAGGAGACCAUCCACGAUCGACGCAGGAAGGAAGCCAACAAGGGCCGAGGCGCCAAUCACAACCGCAGGGCGAUGGCCGAGCGCAAACGGAGCAAAGGCAUGAUCCCCUCGUGAGGCGCAGCCCUUCCCCCGGCCACCAUAACGGCGGGAUGAUGCACUGUCGUUAUAUCAGGGGAGAGAUUUCAACUUUGGGGUGAUUGUCCCUUAAAGGGAAAUGACUUCUAACAGACGCACAAUGUAAAGUUUGUAACAGAUCCAUUUAUUAAACACCAGAGAGAUGUAAACACUUAGAUUGACAUUAAA